AUGUCUGAAAUUGAAGAAUCUGAACUGACCAAGGAGGAGAGACUCGAGGCUGCCAGAAAAAAGUUCGAGGAGCUGAAGAAGAAGAACAAAAAGGGCAAGAAGAAGGGAAAGAAGGCCAAAGCAGAGACAGAAGAAACUGAAGAUGUUGGUGAAGAUGUUGGGGAAGAUGCUGUUGGUGAUGUUUCCAAAGCGGAUACUCUUACUGAGGAAGCAACGAAGGAGAUUGGGUCUGACUCAGCAGAGACCAACGACGAGGUCAAGGAAGAGACCAAAGAAAAAACCAGCGAACCAGAAGGAACCGAGGCUUCUACUGAGACUCCUGUUGAGGCCGAAUCAGCCAUUGUCGAUACUGAAACAAUUGCUUCUCCAGAAGAGACCCCAGUCGAAGAAACUGAAGCUUCUGUGAAAUCCGAGCCAACUGCCACAGUUGAUGCCACGCCUCCGGAGAAAACCACUCAAACAACCAAUGCUUCCUCAGACGAAAACAAAGAACAAAUUUCAAUUCUCGAAAAGGAAAUCGAGCGAUUGAAGAGCCAACUGAACAGCUCCAACUCCGAGAAUCAAAGAGUCACCAAAGAGAACGAAGACCUCAAACGUCACAAUAUAAGCCUCAAGCAACAGGUAGAAACAUUGACUGCCAGUGUCUCCAGACUGAACAAUAAGGUUCGUCAAUUGAAGACAGACAAGCCUUCGGUGCAAUCAGAAGACGACACAGCUAGUAUAGGCUCCGAGGCCCUUUUGAAUGACGAGUUGUUUGCUUCAGAAUAUACAAGACCAGGGAUCCGAACCUCUUCCUCAUUUUCUACAUUCAACAAGUACAAUCCUUCUUCGGAAUACUUGGAUAUAGUUGACAUGAGAGAGAGACUCCUGCAGUGGAAAGAUUGGAAUGUUGAUAUGACUAAGUGGAGAAGCAUCGGCACUGGACCGGUGCUUGAAAUAUGA